AUGGAGGAGGACACGCCGGAGAAGGAGGGGCUCGUCCUGCAGAAGGAGAUCGUGUACAAUGCCCUGUUGCCUUACGCGGACCGCCUGGAGCCCGAGGCCAAUCAGCUCCUGGCGGAUAUCAAAGCCAACCUGUCCCGGGCCGUGCUGGUGCGAGAACUGUGGCCCGGGACCGCCUUCUGGUGCAGGAAACUAUUCUCGUUCCUGAAGUUGUACGGACGCCGCUUCAGUAAAGACGACCACAUCCUGUUCGUGAAGUUACUGUACGAGUUGGUGACGCUCCCAAACCUGGAGCCGUUCAUGACGCAAAGCUACGCCCGCCUUCUCAUCCUGCUGCUCAAGAAGAAGGAGCUGCUGUCCCGGGAUGACUUACAGUUGCCAUGGAGACCACUGUACGACCUUUACGAGAGGGUGGUCUACUCCAAAACAGAGCACCUCGGACUUGUCUGGUUUCCCAACUCAUUGGACCACAUCCUCAAAGCGCUGGUUAAAAGCUGCCGCCUGUAUUUCCCGGCUUCUUCCACUCAGGAGAUGCUGGACGAGUGGCGCCCCCAACUGUGCGUGUUUGACGUGGCCAUGCAGAAGGCCAUAAGCAACAUGGAGCUUUUUCUUCCCACCAUUACCCCUGUGGCCGAACACUCUCAAGGCUGGAAAUUGUGGUUUGACGAAUUAAUCACUCUGUGGAUGUCAGUGCAAAACCAGCCGAGUUGGGAAGGACAUCUGGUCAAUCUGUUUGCCCGGUUGGCCAACGACAACAUCGGCUACGUGGACUGGACGCCCUACAUCCCCACGAUCUUCACUAGAAUCCUGCGCAGCCUGAAUCUCCCCGUCGGCGUCAGUCGGAUGGUGGCUCCUCGAUAUCUCACCAACACGUACGAUCCCGGUCACCUGGUGUUGUGGAUCACAGCUUUACUGGGUGGUCCAGGAAACCCAGCCCAGAAAGAGCUGACCUGCCUCUUCAACAGCAUCGCGUCCUUCUACCAUCCGUCCAACCACGGGCGCUGGCAGGCUCGGCUGAUGCGACUUCUUCAGCGUUUGCCGGCAAGCGUGGUGAGGCGAGUGCACCGUGAGCGCCACGCUGCCCCCGGCUGGAUCACGCUGGUCCCUGCGUCAAAGAGACUCACCGACGAAGACCUGAGGGCGUUCUCUCACAGCCUGUUAGGCGCGGCCCUGCUGGCCAUGUUCAGUAAAACAGGCAGCACUGACGCGGCGUACGCUCUGCAGAACUUGGCACUCCUCACUCCAGAGCUCAUCAUUCCACCCGUGCUAGAGAAGACGUAUGCCGCAAUGGAGACUCUGACAGAGCCACACACUCUCACAGCCACUCUGAGCUGCAUGAUCGGCAUGGCCCGCAGCCUGGUGUCGGCCAACAACACUUACCCAGAAGGCCGAGCGCACGUGGUCCCUCUGCUCAUGGGCGCCCUGCCUGGAGUGGACCCCAACGACUUCAGCAAGUGCAUGAUAACGUUUCAGUUCAUUGCCACCUUCACGGCGCUGGUGCCUUUAGUGGACUGCUCCUCAGCCGCCUCCGAACACCCAGGACUCACUGAGAUGGAGAAGGAUCUCUGCUGCGCGUCGGCUGAAUUUGAAGACUUCGUUCUUCAGUUUCUCGACAGGUGCUUUGCGUUAAUCGACAGCUCCACUCUGGAACAGACGAGAGACGAGACGGAGACGGACACCCAGACCCAGCUGGAGAGCCUGGUGGAGCUGGGCCUGUCCUCCACCGUCAGCACUAUCCUCACACAGUGCUCCAUCGAGAUUUACAAGGUGGCGCUGCAAAAGAUUUAUAAUUUUGCCACGUCGAACAUCUUUGAGACGUGCGUGUCUGGGAGGAUGGUGGCCGACAUGUGCAGAGCAGCGGCCAAGUGCCAUCCUGCUGUGUCGCUCCGUCUGUUUGUGCCUCAGUGCUGCAGCGUCAUCUUCAACAUCACCAACAAUGAGGAGCUGCAGAACGAAGAGGAUUUGGACAAAGAGCUGCUCUGGAACCUUCAGCUUCUGUCGGAGGUCAGUCGUGUGGACGGGCAGCAGCUGUUGCAGUUUCGCUCAGAGCUGGAGAAGGUGCUGAGACUUUGUGCCAGAGUCCACUGUAAACGCGCCUACACUCUGGCCUGCAGUCUGCUGGAGCACAUCCUGCGAUCUCUGUCCCUCAUCUAUCCCACCGAGUACAGAAGCACGGCCAGCGGAUUCAGCACAGACCUGCCCAUCAAGGACUGGGGCAGAGACGGAGACGUGACAGCCCUGGGCGUCUGUUGGCACGUUCCGAGCGAUGAGGAGCAGAGCUUUGCGUUCCAGCUGCUGCAGAGCCUUUUGAAACCGGAACUCAGGCGCAUUCAAGAGCACGUCUCCGGAGGCCAGCCCCUGAGCCGUGAGGAGCUGUUGCAGAGCCUGGCCAUCGUACAGCACUGCUUAUUAGGAGCUGGGAGCCUUCUGCGGCCUCUGGAUGGACCGCACGUCGCUGACCUUGUGCCCUCCAUGGUGAAGCUGGGGGAGAUCAGGCUGCACAUAGGGGUGGACUACGAUGAUUCACAGGAGAACUACAGAGAGUCCAUAUGCCAAACCAUGCAACUGCUGCUACACCACAUUCUGGAACAUUCCGAGGACGACACCAAGUCACUCUUUGUCAUCAUUAAGAUCAUCAACGACCUCAUGUUUUUCCGCGGCACUCACAAAAAGGAGUUUGAUUCGCGGUGGAAGAGCUUCACCCUGGUCAAAAAGUCCAUGGAAAACCGGUUGUUGGGCAAGAAGAAGCAUAUAAGAGCCCUGCUUAUAGACCGAGUCUUACUGCAACAUGAGAUGAGAAAGUUGGUGGUAGAAGGCUGCGAAUACAAAGUCGUACAUCAAGACCUGUUGUCUGACCUCCUGCUGCUGUCCACCAGCUCCUACAGCCAGGUUCGCAGCCGGGCUCAGACUGUGCUCAUGGCGGCUUUAGGAACAUACAGUUUUUCCUACAGAGACGUUAUUCCUCGGGUUUUGCAGCUGCUGGGCCCUGAACACAUCACGGCAUCGCAACAGCAGUUUAAGGGCGCCCUCUACUGUCUGCUGGGAGGACAGAGUGGCCUGUGUCUGGCCAGUGUGAGGGACUGGGACGGGAUCAGUGAGGUGUGGCCCGCCUUGGUGCGCUGCGGCCUCUCCUCCUCCAUGACGCUGGAAAACCCCUCCAUCGGAGAGCUGCUGGACGAUAUCAUUGAUCGUAUUCACAGACAGCACGACACCACUGGGAUCUUCUUUGUCGUCUCAGAGGACUGUGUGAAAAUUGCCAAUCAAAUCUCUAAGUCCCGAAACCCGGCUCCGGCCUUCGACGCCCCCACGGUGGAGGAGCUAAAGGAGGGGCUUCAACGGCAACGUAUACGCAACGUGGUCAACUCCAGGAAGUACGAGAAGCUUGUGAACGACCUUUUGGAUUGCCUGGAAGACCGAGACCUUCCGUGGAAGUUCGAACACAUGUGUGCAGACCUGCUGUCACUGCUCCUCCGGGACGACCACCCACUGCCCCCAGACGCCGUCCUGUACUUCACCCAGGGCCUGGUGCACGACUCCAUCAGCAUCAGAAAGGUCGCCAUAGCGGCUGUGGCUGGGAUCCUUAAACAGCAGAAGAGGCCCCGGCUGAAAAUCACAGUGAAGCCUUCUGACAUAAGUGGUGUGGAGGACCCAGAGGGCGUGUGUGUGGGGGACCGGGCCUCCAACCGCUGGCUGCAGUACGACAGCAGCAACCUCCCCAUCACGGAGCACCAGUGGGACACACAGCCCUAUGUGGAGAAGACUCAUGUGGGCUACUACUCCUGGCCCAGGGAAAUGAUGAUCUAUGCAGGUUGUGAAAAGGCAAAAGAAGACCUGUCCUACGAGGAGAUGAGUGAGGGUGAUAAGAUAAUUCACGAAUACUUCACAGACGCAGAGUUCAUUGAGCAGCUCAUCGAGUUCCUUUCACUGGAGGAGCGCAAAGGCAAAGACAGCUUCAACCCGCGACGCUUCUGCCUCUUCAAGGGCCUGUUCCGUAACUAUGGCGACGCCUUCCUCCCGUUGCUAUGGCCACACCUGGAGAGUCUUUCGGCCGACCCCCACGAGAGCUCUCAGCGCUGCUUGUGUGAGAUCACCGCCGGCCUGAUCCGAGGGAGCAAACUCUGGAGCUUCAGCAAGGUGGAACGGCUUUGGCAGCUUCUGUGCCCUUUGAUCAGGACAGCUCUGGCCAACAUCACCGUGGAAACGUACACCGACUGGGGAACAAGCAUUGCUACUGCAUGUGAGGGACGCGACCCCCGGAAGCUGCACUGGCUUUUCGAGCUGCUGAUGGAGAGCCCCCUGAGCGGAGAGGCAGGCUCCUUCAGGGAUGCCAGCCUGCUGUACGUGCUGCAGGGGGGUCUGGCGCAGCAGCAGUGGAGAGUGUCUGAGUUAUUACAUCGUUUGCUGAGUUUCCUGGAGCCCAGACUGCCCCAUGUGUACAAGGACGUGAGGGAGCGCAUCGGCAGUGUGCUGACCUACAUCUUCAUGAUCGACGUGGCGCUGCCCCACACCAGCACCACCUCCUCCCCCCACGUGGCCGAGUUCGUGGGCCGGGUCCUGGACCGACUCAAGCCCCUGACGUCGGAGCCCGAGAUCCACAACCACGUCCAGGAGGGGAGCACCCACGGGAGCAGCGACGAGCGCACCCAGGCUGUCAAACUGCUCAAGACGGUUUUGAAAUGGUUGAUGGCGAGCGCCGGGCGGACCUUCACCACGCCGGUUCAACAGCAGCUGCAGCUGUUGCCGCUACUUUUCAAGAUUGCACCGGUGGAGAUUGAUGAAAGCUAUGAUGAGAUGAAGCAGGAUGCGCGCACGUGCCUCUCGCUCAUGUCCCAGGGCCUGCUGUACCCGGAGCACGUCCCCUCGGUUCUGGCGGCGCUGGAGGAGAUGUCGCUGAAGCGGUCGUGGCACUCUCGCUUCUCCGUCCUCACGUACCUCCAGAUCAUGGUCUUCUACAACCUGUUCACGCUGCUCAGUCUACCACAGGAAGUGCUCCGUAUCAGGGCUCUGGUCAUGCAGCUGCUGCUGGACGAACAACUGGAGGUGCGGGACAUGGCCGGCACCACCCUCAGUGGACUGCUGCAGUGUCACUUCUUUCCCCUGGACUCUGGUCUGCACUCCAAGCUGCACACGCUGAGUCAGACCGCGGUCCCCAGAGCUCGAGGAGAGAUCGCCUCCACAGACCUGGUGCGUCGACAUGCCGGGGUGCUGGGCCUGAGCGCCUGCAUCAUGUCCAGUCCCUAUGACGUUCCCGAGUGGAUGCCUCAGAUCCUGAUGGAGCUUAGUGACCACCUCAAUGACCCCCAGCCCAUAGAGAUGACGGUGAAGAAGACCCUGUCGGAGUUCAGACGCACUCAUCACGAUAACUGGCAGGAGCAUCGUCAGAGCUUCACUGACGAUCAGCUCCUCGUGCUCACAGACCUGCUGGUGUCGCCCUGCUACUACGCCUGA